AUGGCAGCAUUACCGCUUCUCUCCACCUCAGCAGAGGCCCUAGUCAUGGCACUCGCAGAGGUAGGGGUCGCUACAGCUGCAGUCGCCCCUGUUGCGCCCGUUGCAGCUGCAAUCACAUUCCCCGUUGCGGCUUUGGCCGUAGGUGCUGGCGCCGUGGCGGUCCGAAUGGGACUGUUCAAUACCUCAGACACCCCUCCGAGAAUGCCCAAGAUUCCCAAGAAGAUGCUGAAAAGACUGCUCAAAGUCUAUGGCAAGAAGAUUCACAAGAAGCUGAAGAAAAGAACGCGUUACGAUACGAACAAUAGAAUUGUGUGGAAUAAUACAGACUUUCGAAUCGAUUUGAGGCGGUCUAAUAAGGUUCAUGUCCAUAUCAAGACUUGGCACUUGCAUUUCAACAAGACAGCAAGUAAGGACAUCAGGGAUAUGUUUGAAUUCCAGGGCUGCACAACGCAUACAAAACUGCUUCGGGAUGUGUUUGAUAUUGAGAAUCCACCGGAUUACGAAGCCUGGGUAGAGACAAUUUUAGAGUUAUAUCAUGAGUGA